AUGGCUAGCUUCCUCUCCGAUCUGAUUCAAUACCGGGGACUAUUUCAAAUGAUCCUCGUGCUGGGAAUCGGGGGCAGCUUCCCUUAUGGGUUUCACAUUUCUGUAAUAAACUAUCCCUCCCUGCAUAUUAAAAAAUUCAUUAAUGAGACCUGGCUGGAACGACAUGGCUCACCACUGCCUCAAGAGAAUAUUAUCUUGUUAUGGUCCUUCAUAGUAUCCAGUUACGGGAUUGGAGGUCUCGUAGGGAGUGUCUGUUGUGGAUACCUCACCACAAAAUAUAGAAAAAAGAAGUGCCAGAUGUUCACCAACCUGAUCAUGCUGACUGCUGCCCUAUUCAUGGGUUUCAGCAAGAUGGCCAAAUCUUUUGAGAUGAUCCUCCUUGGACGCCUCCUAUAUGGGAUUGGCAUUGGGUUUUCUUUCAAUAUACAUCCUCAAUAUGUGGGAGAGAUUUCGCCAAAGAAGUUGCGGGGAUUUACAAAUGCAACGGUCGCUGUUUUUCUGACAUUAGGCAAAGUUGCAGGACAAAUCAUUGGUCUUGGGGAAAUUUUGGGCUCAGAGUCCUUGUGGCCCCUGCUGUUGGCUUUUAGUGGGCUCACAGCCACAAUCCAAUUGGUGACACUCCCAUGUUUUCCUGACUCCCCACCAUACCUUCUGAUACAGAAAGGCAACGAAGAGGCCUUCCUGAAAGCCAUCAAACAGCUCUGGGGUGAGGGGGACCAUCAAGCCGAGAUUGAUGACAUCAAGAGGGAAAAGGCAACCAUGUCUUGCACGAAAAGUCUCCGAGUCCUAGAGGUGCUGAAGGCCCAAUCACUGCGCUGGCAGCUGUAUGUGAUGAUCACCGUCAUGAGCACCCUGCAGCUGUGUGGCAUCAAUGCAAUCUACUUCUACUCAUUUGAAGUUUUUCGCACAGCCCAGUUUGAAGAAACACUCAUUCCAUACAUUGCACUAGGUGUUGGCAUCUGCGAGUGCUUCUCAUCCAUUCUGUGCAGUUCUCUGAUUGAGCAUUUUGGGCGGAAACCUCUACUCUGGGGAGGAUAUGCUGCCAUGGUGCUUGUGCUGGCUGCACUCACAGUAACCCUUUCAUUCCAACAUCGCUUCUUUUGGAUGCACUACUUGAGUGUCGUUUUCAUUUUCCUCUUUGUCAUCUUCUAUGGAAUUGGACCUUCUGGUGCCACAAUAUCAAUUAUGGUGGAAAUCUUCAAUCAAACGUACCGUCCAUCUGCCUUUGUAAUUGUGGGAUUUAUCAACUGGAUGGGGCUCUUUCUGCUUGGAAUGAUUUUCCCAUUCAUUGUGGAAUAUCUUGGUCCCUUCUGCUUUCUGAUUUUUAUGGGGAUCCUGGCCGUUUCAAGUGUAAUCAUCUACUUAUAUCUUCCAGAAACAAAGGGAAAAUCUAUUCUCGAAAUUACAAUGGAGUUUAAUAAGCUAAAUUAUGGAAAGAAACAAGUGCUUCUCACAGAAAAUAGUUCUCCAAAGGAAACUGUACUUUGUACCAAACUUUAACUCUUGAACUGCAAAAUCUCUCUUUUUUGAGAACUGUACAGCACAUUAAAUUUAUCAAUCACCACACUAAAGCAUUUGUUCUGAAAUUUUGCAUAGCUUCACAAAGAGCAAAAUCCAUAUCUACAUUUGAAGAACAACAUUUGAUGUGUCAUAUUGUACCCUGCACUGCAAGCAAAGCCUGUCUUCUCAGUUCAUGUCCAGAGAGCAUAAUCAUAUUAACUGGCUCCCUCCUGUAUAGACACCCUAUAUCAGUAGUUCUUAAACUAUUUGACCCAAUUAUCUUUGUCUUGAAGAAUGUCUUUACUCCCAUAAAAAAACCCAUUUUACACAACUGUAUCAGCAGUGAUCAGGGAUGUGGUGGCUCAGUGUCUAAAACGCUGCGUUUAUCGAUCAGAAGGUUGGCAGUUCAGCGGGUCGAAUCCCUAGCGUCGCAUAACCGAGUGAGCUCCCGUUACUUGUCCCAGUUUCUGCCAACAUAGCAGUUCUAAAGCGUGUAAAAAAUGCAAACAGAAAAAAUAGGGAUCACUUUGGUGGGAAGGGAACAGUGUCCUGUGCACCUUCGGCAUUUCGGUCAUAUGACCACGGAGGCGUCUUCAGACAGCACUUGCUCUUUGGCUUAGAAAUGGAAAUGAGCACCGCCUCUAGAACCAGAAAUGACUAGCAGGGGAACCUUUACCUUUACCUAUUAGCAGUGAUAGUCCUGAACUGGAUCUGUUGGGAAUCAUUAUGGCAAUGGUCAGAUAAUUCUGCUUUGCAUUAGCCACAUAAUCUCUUAGAUAAAUAACAUAAACUUGUAGAUGUAGAUUCUUCUAGAAUUGGAUCAUGUACAAGUAAAAGUAGCAAGCAGACAGAGUUUCCAUUGUAUGUGUAUUUCUGCAUACCCUGUUCCUACCACAUAACCAUAACUGUGAUGUUUCCAUGUCUCGCUACAUUUGAGCAUUCUGUAGAAAUGUAUCCACACUUGCUGUUGCAAACCGCUCAGAAAUGCUAACUACAAAGCCUGUCCGGGAAACACCGGACAUGAUAAGAAAACUGCUUUGCACACAUAAAAUAUUCAUCUUGCUCAGCUGUGCUUAUAACCAUAUUGCUACAAUAUGCAACUGUACCACGUAGGCAAUAAGCAGAGAAACAAAGAGCCACCUCAUGGUAAAACUCCUCCCAAGAAUUACGAGCUUUCUCCCAAAAUCAUAGGCUUGUGGAUGUGCUUGCAGUCACGUGUUCACAUGUUGAAUAUAUGCUAAUAUGUAACCUCCCCUGCUUACCUUUUGUAACCACCCAUUUUUACCUAUACACAAUAAAAGGGGGUUCUGGAAUUGGCUCUGGGCUUCUCAUCCCAGACUUUUUCCAGGCUCUCACCUCGAGAAGCCAAUGAGUCUGUCGUUCGUUAGCAGCCUUCAUGAGAAGCCCACCAAAUGCCUGAUGCGUCGACAGGAUCCUUGACUCACAAACAAAUACCAUAUUUUUCAGAGUAUAAGAUGCUCUGCAGUAUAAGACGCACAUUAUUUUGGAGGGAGGAAAAUAAGAAAAAAAAUUCUGCUUGAGAGGCUCUCCAUUUGAGAGGCUGCAUUUGCAGGCUCCAAAAGCUCCGUUUGCAAAGGAGCUUCUCUUUGUAAAGGCAGCCUCUCAAACGGACCUUUCGGUGGCUGUUUGAGAGGAUGUUUGGGAGGCUGCCUUUGCAGCCUCCAAAAGGGUGGGGGUCAGGGGGGGGCUACAUUUGGUGUUUUAGUUUUAGCCGCACGCAAAUUUCCCCCCUCUUUUGUGGGGGGAAGUGUUCCUUAUACGCUGAAAAAUACGGUAAUCACAAAUUACUACAUUACCCAAAAUGCCAGUUGCCAGGAGGGGAUAAUGGAGUUAACUAUUUCUUCCUGGGUGCUUUUAUACUGAGGCACUCAAAAAAUAGUAUCACCGAGGAAAUUCUUCCCCCUUGGCAAGUACUGAAAGGUGAAAUUGAACCAAUUAAAGUACUGAGCCCAUCAUACUUGCUUAGGCAAUAGUUUCCUUGGGGUUUUCAGGGCUUGUAAAUUCUUGUGGUCAGUCCACACUUCAGAAGGGAUCUUGCUGCCCGCCAGGUGUCUUUUUGCCUGGUGAUACUUCAGACGGUCGGGCUGAGCAUGUGCCCCCCUCAAAAGUCCUCUUACUGAGCCUCUCAGGCCCAAGUGGACAAUAACUGAAUUCUCAGAAUGAGUCCCUAUUUUCUUCUCCAACAAGAGCAGCUUGCGAUGGAAGUUCACAAGAACAGACUGCCAUGUGAGGGGGGCAUUCCAGCUCCCAUUCAAAGAUCGCUAAAGGCUCUUGUGUAAGGCCCCCUUCAGAUGCUUCUUAGCCAGAAAGCUGAGAUUGGGGUCAACAUCUUUCUGGCAUGGAUCAGUGGCCUGCACGGCUGCUUUGCUGGUCUUGGGAGUAAGGAAAAGGAGUAAAAAAGCAGGUCAGUUUUCACAGCGCUCGUAAGGCGCUGGGAAAUGUUUUGAGUCGGCAGUCCUACAGAUGCAGUGAGAUGAGGCCUUGGGGAUUGGAGCCCCACCAUGUGACACACUGCCGGUGUAGCCAAAUUUGGACAGGAGUGGAAAAGUCUGUUGUAGGAGCUGCAGAGAAGUUGGAAAGGUGAAAUAAUUUUGUGGCACAGCAGUCAGUUCCUCUUCAAGGAGAGAAUUGUUGUGGGAGCUCCUCUGGGAGAAAGGAAGGCAGACCAGAGGAAUGAGCUCUACCUGAAACCUCCGAGGAAGCUGCCAAUAGGGAACCCCUGGUUUUCGGGCGGGGGGGGGGAGGGAUUAGGCAGAAGUCCCUGGAGCAGAUCCCAAACGAGAUGUGCACGUCAUCCCGGAGCCUCCGCAGCUGUGGAGGCCCAGCAGCGUCUGGAGACGCUUUAGAGUGCUGCAUUAUUUACAGCUGGGAGCCCGUUUGGUGUAGCUGUCGAUGCAUCAACCAGGGGACGGCGAGUUCGAGUCCUGGCAGGCGUUGGGGCAGUCGCCCACUCCCAGGCCUAGGAAGGAGGCAAUGGCCAGCCUCUCCUGCACCAAAUCUUUCCUCUCCCUUCAGUUCCCCUUCCCCAUAUUCCACCCCGGUCCAAGUCAGGGCUUCUUC